AUGGAGCAUUCUGGGGCCCUUUUCCUCUGCCUGUGCCUCGUGACGUCGCAGAGCGGGACAGCGGGGGCCUCCCAAGAACCUCUGCAAUGGAUGCAGAUGAUGGAGGCGGCGGCCAGGAGCCGGAGAUUGUUUUCUCAUGCUGAUUUCAUCCACGGCCUGGAGUGGAGCCUGCUGAACACCAGCUUCGGGGGCCGCAACCUCACCCUGCAAACGCGCACCAUCCAGUCGCUGGCCUUCAAGCUGGGCUGUGACUUCGCCGGCCUCUCGCUGAGCAGCGCCGCCCUGGAGCGGGUCCCCCAGGCCCGGCACGCCAUGCAGUUCCCGGCGGAGCUGACGCGGGGCGCCUGCAGGACCCGCCCCAGGGAGCUGCGUCUCAUCUGCGUCUACUUCUUCACCACCUACUUCUUCCAGACUGACAUCAACUCGUCUCUGCUCAAUAACUAUGUCCUGGGGGCCCAGCUGGGCCAUGAACACGUGAACAACCUCAGUGAGCCGAUCAACAUCAGCGUCUGGCACAACCAAAGCCUGGAAGCCUACACGGUGACCUGUGUCUUCUGGAAGGAGGGAGCCAGCAAGCAGUACUGGGGGGUCUGGAGCCCUGAGGGCUGUCACACAGAGCAGCCCUCACCUUCCCAGGUGCUCUGCCGCUGCAACCAUCUCAGCUACUUUGCUGUUCUCAUGCAACUCUCCCCGGCCCCGGUCCCCGCAGAGUUGCUGGCGCCUCUCACGUACAUCUCCCUCGUGGGCUGCGGCAUCUCCGUCGUGACCUCGCUGCUCGCUAUCCUGCUGCACUUCUAUUCCAGGAAACAGAACAACUCCAUAACACGCAUCCACAUGAACCUGCACGCCUCCGUGCUGCUCCUGAAUGUCGCCUUCCUGCUGAGCCCCGCGCUGGCCGUGCCCCCCGUGCCCGAGUCAGCGUGCACGGCGCUGGCCGCCAUCCUGCACUACGCGCUGCUCAGCUGCCUCACCUGGAUGGCCAUCGAAGGCUUCAACCUCUACCUUCUCCUGGGGCGCGUCUACAACGUCUACAUCCGCCGAUACCUCCUCAAGCUCUGCGCGGUGGGCUGGGGGGUCCCGGCCUUCCUGGUGCUGCUCCUCCUUGCUGUCAAGAGCUCAGCUUACGGACCCCGCAUGAUCCCAGUCUCCGACAGCCAGGGAAAUAGCACAGGUUUCCAGAACGUGUCCAUGUGCUGGGUGCGGAGCCCUGGGGUGCACAGCGUCCUGGUCAUGGGCUAUGGUGGCCUCACGUCCCUCUUCAACCUGGUGGUGCUGGCCUGGGCGCUGCGGGCCCUGCGCAGACUGCAGGCGCGGGAGAAGGCGCCGGGCGCCCGGGCCUGCCGGGACACCGUCACCGUGCUGGGCCUCACCGUGCUGCUGGGUACCACCUGGGCCUUGGCAUUCUUCUCUUUUGGCGUCUUCCUGCUGCCCCAGCUCUUCCUCUUCACCAUCUUCAACUCGCUCUACGGGUUCUUCCUCUUCCUGUGGUUCUGCUCUCAGAGGUGCCGCUCGGAAGCAGAGGCAGAGGCGGCGAUGGAGGCAUUCAUCUCCUCCCAGACAAUGCAGUAGUCUGGACUUCCUGGCCAGGAACCCCCAGCCUCCCUGGUGCCUGCAGCUCGAGGCCCUCGCUUC